AUGAAACCUCAAGUGGUGGCAGAGGAUAUUGCUUCUGGCAUCAAAGUUACAGAUGAAGUGGUCACAGCUUACGACGAGGUGAAACAAAAGCACAAGUUCAAAUACGUGACCUUCAAGGUGUCAAACUGCGACACAAAGAUCAUCGUAGAAGACAAGGUUAAGGAGUCGACUUGGGAGGAAUUCCAAGCCAGUUUCCCGAAAGACGGGGCCCGUUGGAGUGUUUACGACUUUGACUACAAGAACAAGGAGGGUCAAGAUCGUAACAAGCUGAUCCUGGUCAAGUGGUGUCCAGACACAAUUAAGAUCAAGGCCAAGAUGAUGCAUUCCUCGAGCUCCCAUGCCCUCAAGAAGACGUGUCCGGGUGUCGUGAUCCAGGCCAGUGACCGCGACGAGCUCAACUUCGAUGAAGUGAGGGACAAGAUCCUCCAAACAAGCCAGUAGUGCCCCAUAUUAUAACACCAAUUCUCCCCUUUCACCGUUACCAUGAUCCUUUGCUGCCGCCAUCACCCGCCCCCUCCCCCGCAGGUUUACAGUUUUUUUUUAACUGCUGGGUUCAAAUCGCAAACUCGGCUAAAGUCUUAUUCUACAAAACAAGGUCUUACCCAAGGUCGAGUGGACUGAUUCCGGACUAGCCAUUGUGCAAAAGCCUCAACACCACUUUCCUCAGUCCACCCAGAUGUAAAAAUGGGUACAUGACUUUGAUUGGGUAGGUACAAGGCAGUGGAAGAAGACAUUUGGGAUCCGCCUCCUAAUACCGUGCCCAAAACGCCGUAGAUAACCACCCACUGCCCCUACGACCCUGCCUUUCCAGUACACGAGUUUGCGGUUUAAGCCCAAUGGUUUACGACAUUGCCACAAAGGAUUGUUUGUAGUGCGAAAGGUUAUAUAUAUAAUAAGUAGAUUCCUCUUUGGGGCUUUAUUUUGUAUCUCAUGGCAAACUAAAAAAACAUGCACUACGUUAUAUUUUCGAAUUCUUUGCUACAAAUGGAAUCAUAUUUUAAUUGUAUGUCAUGGAAUGAAGACUUCUACUACUAGAUGCGAUUUUCCUUAUAAAACACGGUAAUUAUCCUAAAUAAUGUAAUGUCAAGUUUUAGAGGGUAAUCUUAAGUUUUCUUACCAGGGUAUCUAUUUCUAUUCGUGCCGGUAGGUGACAGAUUAUUGUGGUAACUUCGGAAAUGUUUCGCUACUGUCACACAAAUUUGCGACACACAGGUAAAAUACGUGAGCUCUACAAACUAAAUGUUGUUUUAUAUAUAUUGAAUACAAUUUAUAUGUACUAGUCAAACCUGCCCAAGACGACCACCCGGGGGACCGGCAAAAAUCGGUCGAUUUGGACAGGUGGUCGCUGAGAAGAGUAUCGACUCAAAACAUGCCCGAUGCAAAGUAUAAAUGGUU